AUGGUGGGAACUCGGUCGGGUAAGAACAAGUCGGCAUUAGCCCAAGCGGGAAGGUCAUCUCCGAAGAAAAGAAUGGAAUGGGCCGAUAAGGAGGGCCCCUGGGUUUUGUCGAUUAGCAGAGCAGCGUGCAUAGCAGAGGGGUAUGCGAAAAAGAGCAAAUUUACUGGCGCCGAAGUUAAGUCCUUGCUCGGCAUUACGCCGGCCCAAUGGAGGAACAUGUUCGAAGCUGUGCACGACUACUUUGUCGAGAAUGCGAUUGCCAGUAGAACUAUGGCAACAGACGAGCAAUGGGACGAGGCCGUGAGACUCCUACUCAGUUAUCCGCCCUGGAAUAAAUUCAGACGCCUGCUUCAACAGCCGGAGGAAGAUUGCACCUUACAAGGGGCCUUGAUCAAAGUCUGUGUGAGCAGUACACUCCAAGAUCUUGCCAAACGUAAGUCUGCUGAGGAUAGAGAGAAGUUCUCUGAGGCACUCAAAGAGAAGGAGCGUGCGGCGAAGUCAGCGAAGGCGAAAGCAGCGAAGAAGAAGGAGACCAAGGGGAAGGCGACCGACACAAAAGGCAAGGGCAAGCAGCGCGAGACGGCGCCAACUCGCAGUUCGACAAAGUGGAGCAAGCAGGCCCAGGCGCCUCUGCCCGACGACGAGGACGAGGUCUACCCUGACAUUGACGAAUUUGCCUCGUCGGAAGACGAAGCGGAGAAGCCGAGGGACAAGGCAGACGUCGGAGAUGAGACGGACGACGAAGAGACACCCGAGGAAGCCGACGAGCCCUUCUCGGCGAAGACCCGGAAGGUCGAAAGGGCACCAUAUCUUACUGAUCGGCCUAUCGGCAUUUCGCAUUGUUUCCCCUCCAAAUACCGCUUUGAGCGACUCGGAGGGGCGAAGUUGGGACUACGUCAGAAGCCUUGGGAAAUGCCUAAUUGGACUCCAAGAACCUUUGGUGGGCAUCCCUACCUGACGUUUAGUUCACUUCCCGGUCCGUAUCUAUCGGAGGUCGUGAGGAUGGUCAGGGGGGUACAACUAGACCCUGAAACCCGCGGCGGUGCUUCUGACUUGCCACACCCCGCGAUACGCCAUUUGGUCGGGUCUCUUGUCCUCGACGAGGAGUUUUCCAAGACCGCGUCGGGUCAAUAUCGUGUUUACCGGCCGUUACCUGAACAGGUCAUCUUCCUACAGUCGGACAAAGAUGUCAGAGUAUGGCUCAAUGCUUGUAAAGUUGCACCGCGACUGAGACUAUUGGUGGUUUAUAAUGAGCGCGAUAAAAACGCCAGGCAGACUCCACCGCCGCUGUCAUUCCCCUACUUUCACGUUGACUGGGAGGUGCUGAUGGACAAUCAGUUGCGGAUUGACCGGAGAGCGUCGGGCAUCAAGGCCGAGGAGACAGAAACUCGUUGGGGGAAACCGACGAAGAGGAAGAGAAGUGAGAUUGUGGAGGUGAGCGACGACGACGACGACGACGACGCUGACGACGACGCCGACGACGACGCCGACGACGACGCCGACGACGACAACGAAGGCGAGGGUGAAGGUGGAGGGUCGAGUUCCCGUAAAAAGCCCAGAGGAGAGAACGCCGGAGAGGGCAGCUCGAGCAAGGCGGGCCCUAAAGGCAAGGCAGGGGGUAGCUCGAGCAAGGCGGCCCAGAAAGACGACGAUGACGUCGACGACGAGGAAGAAGAAGAGGAGGAGGACGAGGAAGAAGAGGAGGAAGAAGAGGAGGAGGAGGCCCCAAGGAGAAAGAAGACAAAGACACCCGGGCUCAAGACGCCGGCCAAGACGCCGCCAUCAAAGACACCCGGGCCCAAGACGCCGGCCAAGACGCCGCCAUCAAAGACACCCGGCCCGAAGACCCCGGCCAAAACACCUGCUCAGACUACUGCUGCCGAGCGAGGAGGGAAAAGGUCGAGAGCACACCAUCUGUUCGAUGAGCCUGCUGAGAGCCCGCCCUAUGAGGGUGAGCAGGGGGAAGAGCAAGGGGACUUAAUACCAGAGUACGAAAGCCGGGCCACUGGUUCACAAGCUGACAGCGCUCUGGAGUCUGAAAGAACUACGCAAGAUGAGAUGCCCGGCGAAGAGCCUGCCGGGGAAGGUAGUUACGUUGAUGGUGGCCCUGAUGGGGGUAUUCCUCCCGGCGGGCGCGGGGACGAGUCAAUCGAUAUGGAAGUGGGUUACCUUACCGAUGCAUCGACCAGUUCGAUUGAAGUGGCUAAGCUCCAAACAAUUCCCCGUCUUCCCCAGUCCCCCCACCCCCAAAUCUCCCCUCCCCCCACUAUCAUCAACCUCCCCGACAUCCCUGCGAAGGGCUGGACUUCCGUCUCUCGUCCUGCGACUCGAAAGAAACUUCGUUUCGAGUAG